CACUCGUGCUUUUAAUCGCUGUAGAUGAAAAUCCAUUUUUAAGAUAAUGUUUCACACUGGCGUUCACCUUUAGAAGAAUCUACUAUGGAUGAGAUCAUGAAUGUUGCCAACAAGUUCUUGAUUUACUGGAAUGGAUUACAAAUUGAGCCUUGAACGUGCUUUCAGUCUUCGAUUUUCGUAAGCCAACUCUGUGGAAUUCAUCAACCUCUGAAAAGACUUGUUUCUUCUUUCUUUGGACUUUAACCAGUUGUUCAACAUGGCUCUCAUGAAGGUAAAGUUUGACCUGAAGAAAAGGGUAAAGCUUGCCCAGAUGCUAUGGCUCAUGUACUGGUUUUCCGUAAUGGCAGGAGUGCUGGUCUUCAGCAUGGGCCUUUUCUUUAAAAUCGAACUCCGCAAAAGAAGUGAACUUAUGGACAACAACGAAAGCCAUUUUGUACCCAACAUUCUAAUCGGUGUGGGACUUUUGGCAUGUUGUCUAAAUGCCUUUGGUGGCAAAGUCUGCUACGACUCGCUCGACUCCUCCAAGUAUGCGAAAUGGAAGUCUAUUAUGACGCCCUUUCUCAUUUGUUGUUUGGUCUUCAACUUCCUCCUUAUUGUCACCGCGGCUAUGUGUUUCGCCAUGCGCAUUCCUCUAGAGUUUACACUUGCGGAGGGCCUGAAAAAUGGGAUGAAGUACUACAAGGACACCGAUACACCCGGGCGCUGCUACAUGAAGAGGACUCUGGAUCUCAUGCAGAUGGAGUUCCGAUGCUGUGGCAACAACAAUUACAAAGACUGGUUCGAGAUCCAGUGGGUGAGCAACCGUUACCUGGACUUCAGCGCCAAAGAAGUCAAAGACCGAAUCAGCAGCAAUGUGGAUGGCAAAUACCUAAUGGAUGGCGUUCCCUUCAGCUGCUGCAAUCCUAGCUCACCACGACCCUGCAUCCAACAGCAAAUAACCAACAACUCAGCUCACUAUAGCUAUGACCACUACACCGAAGACCUAAACAUCUGGAAACGAGGCUGUCGGGACGCUCUCGUCUCCUACUAUGGUGGAAUGAUGAACACUAUUGGGGUGCUUGUGCUGUUGGUCACCCUCCUGCAAAGCGCUGUAAUGAUUGGACUUCAGUACAUAAACACCUCUCUGUCCACACUGGUCAACCCAGAAGACCCCGAGAGCGAGAGCGAGGGCUGGAUCCUGGAGAAAACGGUUAAAGAGACCUUCACUGACAUCAUGGCUAAGAUGAAGGCCAUGGGCAAAGGCAAUCAGGUGGAUGAGGGGACGAAUGAAGAGGCUGCUGCCACUGCCAGCUGAAUGAACUCCGCCAACCAAACUCUGGCCACACUUACCUGAGAUAGAGAGCUGUGGGACACAGCCUAAAACUGUAACUAUAUCACUCACACUACACAAAGUGUAGACAAAGCCAACUAAUGAAGAACUGGUGAAGGAAAUUAAUUCAAUUGGUGUUUGACAAACUCAUAUUAAGGUGAUUGGCAUGCAAUGAGGGGCUUUAAAUAGAAAAUUAUCUGUCCAUUUGUAAUUAUACCAGUUUUGCUUUCCCCUUUUGACUUUGUACUUUGCUACACAAAUUUUUGUAGACACUUUUAUAGUUAUUUUGUUCUAUUGAUAUUUCAUAUUUGAGUUGAUAUUCAACCUAAGAAUGGCUAGUCAGGGAUUGGAAUAGUAUGAAACUAGCCUCAGUAUGAAGAGUAUUUAUUAAAAAGAAACCCAUUUUUCAGGUAAGACAAAUAAAAAAAAACACUUUUUACAUUUUACGAAAACUAGACAGGUGUCUUUUAAAUUUAGAAAUGAAACGUGUACAUGUGAGAAUGAUAUUUUUGACAGGUGAAUUGAAAGACAAAGAGUUAGAAGCUUUAAUAAAAAAAUAAAUAAAAUAAAAUUAUAUUUAUUUUUGAAGUACCAGGGUUGAGAUUUGGGAAAGGGCUAUGCAAAAAUGAAAUGAUAUUUUGACCUACCUAAUGAUGAGUGCUCUGUUAGUUCAGCAUCAGAUAACACACAGUUUCAACCGCGCUGAAAGGAAAGGCUGAUUUAUGCAGGUUUAGGAGACUAGCAACAUAUGUGUCCAGAGAGAAGGCCAGGUACAGGGUGAGGGGACGCUUUCGAAGGCCCCAGGAGUUGAGGAGACUGGCAGCUAAACCCUGACCUGCGACUUCUGCAUUCCCACUGCUGGGAGCUCCUGUGCUUUUGAAAUCUGCACAUUUACUCCACAAAAUGUCCCAGGCCAGAGACUGAAACUCUAUGCUCAAACCUGUAAUUUUUUGUAAUUAUUUUAUUUUAAUUCUAAUUGCGUGUCUAUGUAAAUAGUGUAGAGUUAUUACAAAUAUAUUUUUUCUCUUUUUUUGUAAAAAUACAAUUCAACUACUUGUAAGAUUUUAGGACAGUGUUUGGUGCGUAGUGAUUGUUAUUGUGAAUAAAACUUGUUUAAUUGUAAA